ACUUGAAAUAAAUAAACAUCAAAAUGGAUGACAGAUUAAAGUGGCUAGAAACAAGAAUAACGUCUUCUUUAAGACCAAGAAAUGAAGACUUGAAGAAUAUGUUCCUAAAUGAUGAAAACAGAUUGGCUUUUUAUGAGUUUAUAAAUAAUGAAGAUGUAAAGAGAUUGUAUGUUUAUAAACGUCCACCCAGAAAUAUCACAGCAUCACAAUUACCACCAUAUGAUUUACAGUCUAAAUGUAUAUUCUUCUUAAAAUGUAACUCAGGUACCAAGUUAGCUAAGGAUAAUAUGGAUCAAGAGGUAUUUUAUAUGGAUUGUACAUCUUUGCCAUUAGAACAUUUAGAAUUAACUAUAAGAGAAGUAUUUUUACCAUUAUUGGGUAUUAAUCAGCCCAGUGUCACAGGGGCUGGUAUUAAUGGUGAUAAAUUAAUGGACAUUUUACAUAGGUUAAUGGCUGCGGUGGAGAUUACACAGGGUCAUGUUGAGGGCCGUAUUAUUUUAAACUUGCCAUCAAUAGAGGUAUUAGCCGAGGCAGCAUCAGCAGUGAACAGACGAUCAGCUGUACUACAUGUUUUAGAAACCACAGUCAUUGGCUGGAUAAAGCAAAUAAGGACUGUUUUACGUCACGAUCCCCAAUCUGAUCUAUUAUCACAGUUUGGAGCAGAACCCGGUCCUUUAGAGGAAAUCAAAAUGUGGGAAAAACAAUUAGAACGACUGCAGUCUGUCAAUUCACAACUAGAUUCUGAUGUUGCUCGAGAUAUUUUACACAAUCUAGAACAAGCCAACAGUCAAUAUGCACAUUCCUUUAAUACUGUUAGAAAAGACAUUGAUAAGGCAGUUAUUGAUACCAAUAAAAUACUGAAUUUCCUUAGUACAAUGAGACAAUGGUUUGAUAGAUUACAUGAGUCAACACAACCAGCAGAUAUGUUGAUAUUAUUUAAACCUCUGAUGACAUCUUUACUGUUAGUCUGGACACAUUCCACAUAUUAUCAUCAAAUUGACAAAUUUCAUAAUUUAUUACGCUUGUUAUCUAAUGAAGUUGUACAUAGAGCUAUUGCUAUGGUUGGUGCUGAUAUAUUACGAGAACCAUUAGAGUCUUAUACCAAAUUAAAGGAUGCUUUAAAAGUUUGUGCAGCUUUCCGUGGAACAUAUUUAGAUUUUAAAGAUAAGGCAGAUGAUCAAAAUGCUCAAAAUAUUGCGGAAAAUGCUGAGAGACUUGCUGCACGGCCUCAAGGUAGUUUAUUUAUGACUAAAAUGUAUGGACCUCAUGCCUACACACCCCGUUAUGGUAUAAGGAAAUCGGAUGGUGAUUCGUCUAGUCAAACAUUGGAAGAAGAUGAACUGUGGACUGAUAGUCCAUGGCCUCCACGAAAUGCACCUAGUUUUGAUCUGCUAAACAGCUUUAUGGAAAGAUGUAAUGAUGUAUUAGAAUUGGUAGAAACAACACGUCAUUUCCGUCUGCUAGCAGAUGCAGCAGAAGUAGGUGGUGCUGGUAGUAUGAGUCUGGAUGCCAUGGUAAAAGAAAUACAUCAGAAAUAUACACUAGCAAUGAACGAAUUCUUCUCUGUAGUAGAUAAUGUUCUCAGUAUUGAUGGAUCCCAAUCUUUCGAACGAUGUUUCUUCAAAUUUCGAACAGUUGUCAAGGGAUUAGAGAAGCGACUAGCAGGAAUAUUACGACAAGCGUUUAGUCAAUGUCCUACUGUAGAAGCACAGUUACGUCUGCUAGAAGUAUUUGAAGGUGUCAGUAGUAGAGAAUUAGUUCAGGCUCAUCUAAAGGAUAAAGAUGCUAAAUUAGUUGAGGCUUUUACAGCUGAAUUAAUACAGGUUAAAGAUAUGUUUGCAGAUAAUUCUCUUAAUCCACCAUUACAUUAUAAUAUGCCACCUAUAGUUAGUAGAUUGAUGUGGGUACAUGCUCUUAGAGAACGCAUUAGGAUUCCGAUGGAGAAACUACGACAGGUGAGUCCACACUCACUAGAUGGUGAUACAGGCUGGCAGAUGAGGGAUACAUAUAAUGGUUGUCAAUCAGAAUUAGAGAGAUACGAGAAUAAAUUGAUCAGUGACUGGCAGAAUAAUAUAACUGCAGAAUUAACGUUACGUCUGAAACAACCGCUACUGACAGCUGAAGAUUAUGAUGAAGAUAUUGACCUUCGACCUCAAGUUGUCCAUGUCAACCUUGACCCUCAGUUGUUGCUGUUGCUGAGAGAGAUACGCUACCUUGGUCGUAAACCCUUUAAUAUCAAACUACCAGAAGGGGCCAAAGAAUUGAUACGAAAUACAGACUCAUUUGAACUAUCGGUGACAGCGACACGAUUAGAGACAAUCGUAUCUAAAUAUAAUACUAUCAUGAAGACUAUAACCUCGUUUGAAAGACCAAUGUUUGAACGCAAGUUGGCCAAAAUAGAUCAUUUAUUUGAACAAGGUUUACAAGAUUAUACAUGGAAGAUGAAAGAAUCGACUGAUUUUAUAGAAACAGCCAUGUCGUUAGUUUGUUUGGAUGUCCAUCAAAACCUCGAUAUUGUACAAACUAACUGUCAUGACAUCGUAGAAAUUACAAUAUCCUGGGCUAAAAAUACACUGGAUGUUUUCCGUGCUCGAGAUCCACAGAUGUCAUAUCCUAUGGAAGAGUUGUUAGAGAUGCAGAGUCAAUUAGCCGAUGAAUUAGAGAAUGUUGUUUUACCAUCUGGUAAUAGAAUACAUCAAUUAGUCAGUAAAUCAUUUGAGGCUGUUCAGAUUAGUGAAGCAUCCCCUGCCUGGCAGGACUACAUAGAUUAUAUAGAUGCUAUUGUACUGGAUGGUCUAAAACAAGCCACAUUAACCAGUCUUAUGUCUAUGUUGAAUACACUGGUUCAAGCUAACAUGGCAGAAACGGAAAUACCUGAGACUGUUAUACCUAUCCUAACAAUCCGACUAGAAUUGAUAGAUAACAACGUAUCAUUCUGUCCACCAUUAGAUCAAAAUACAUCAGUUGUUAGUGUACAGGAACUUGUACACAAAUGGUUGGACAGUUACCUGGCUCGUGGUGUACUUGUUAAAAUGCUGGGCAAUAAGGGAACAUAUCAGGAUUAUAUUGAAGCUGAUGAUGAAGUUCGACAGUUACUGUCUAAUAUACACCAGGUUGUAGAUGAUAAUAGCCUGGAAUGUAAGAAAUUAUUAGAGGUAUUUAAAGAUUACUCGUUCCUAUGGUUACGAGAUGUCAAUGAAACAUUUGAAGAGUUUUUACAAGGUAUUAUAUCCCCCAACCCACUACGAACACCCAAUAGAAGUGUCGCUGCUGAGAUGAGAAAUUACGCUGCUGAAAAAUCUACUAUAUCAAGGGCCUCUUCACAGAAUUCAAUUGGAUCAGCUGGUUUAAUGGGAACAGCUGAAAGAAGUUUUCUAACUCCUAAAGGUGUCCAAGAUGGUGAAAAUGAACAUAUACCAUCAUUAGAUGAAUUUGAUGCUGAAAUUGAUAUUUACAAGACAGCUCGUGAUGAGAUUCAAGAUUUACAAGAUUAUCAUAAUGAAGGUUGGAUUCGGGUUGAUUUACAACCAAUCAAACAAGUUCUAACAACCUACGCCAGUAAAUGGAUGUGGACAUUCACCAAAUAUUUAUCCAAUCAAGUGAGCGACAUGUUAGAAAAGUUGGAUCUAUUUUUAAAGAGAAUUGAACCAGAGAUUGAAAGUAUCACUGGUGACGAGAGAGAUACAGCAAGCUUUAUGAAAAUGAUGAGACUCUUUAACGAGGUGUCGGCAGAACAGAAUGAAAUGGAUGGAAAGUUUACAGCAAUGCAUAGAACAAUGAUCUUGUUAAAAAAAUACGGCCAAACAUUAAAUGACAAAACACAGUUCUUAUUUACUGCAGCACCUGGUCGCUGGAACUCUCUUAAAACUAAAGUUUCUCUAGCAAAACAAAGAUUAGGUCCAAGAAUACAAGAAGAAUCAGCUAGAAUCACACAGGAUCUAGAAGCGUUUGCCAACAGAGUGUAUUAUUUUAAUAAAGAUAUGGAGAAUUCUGACGUAUACAGUAGAGAAUGUAAUAUACCUGAUGCCUGGAUUAGUAUCGAUACUUUUAGUAAAAAACUACACAUAUUGGAAAACGAAGCUCAGGAUUUAAUAGAACUACAGGAAUUAUUAGAAAGUUCUGUAGUGAAUUUCUCUGUACUACCUCAAUGUCGUAUUGAGUUGACUAAUCUAAAACAACUGUGGGAGAAAGUUCGAGUUAUUGAAGAACAGCAGACAGAGUGGAAACGUCACAGAUGGCAGAAGAUGAACACCAAGUUUUUACGUGACGAGACAAAUAAACAACUCGCUAUUGUUCGUGGUUUAUCGGAAGAUGUAUUUACGUGGGAUGUUUAUAUGGGUCUACAUGAAUCUAUUACAACUAUUCAGAGUUGUCUACCAUUGAUAGAUGAUUUAAGCAAUCCAGCAAUGAGAACACGUCAUUGGAAACAACUAGUUCGUGUGACUGGUGGUGCCCUCACUAUAGAUAAUGACAUGUUAAAAAGAAUGACACUAGGUGAACUACUUAGUCUCGGAUUACAGAAACAUGUAGAUGAUGUACGAGCAAUAGUACAGAGAGCAGCUAAAGAUUUAACUAUAGAACAAAGUUUAAAAACAUAUGAAGAGGUUUGGUUGAGUAAAGUAUUUGAGCUACGAUCACAUAUUAGAACUAAAUCAUCUGCAGCAGCUGAUACAACUAUACAGGAUAAUCAGAGUGAGGUAGCGAGUGAAGUUGGUGGAACACAACAAAGUAGAAGUCAGGUUCGAGCUACCAGUCGUGUUUCUAAUCAAAGCUCGCACAGUAGACUCAAACGUACCAGUAUAGCAUCACUUCCUGCCUCUUUACUCAACCUGGGAGAGGAUACUGGAAGUAUACAGUUGUUACUAGGUACCGAUCCUAUAUUUGAUGAAUUGGAAGGCCACCAGGUGUCACUACAGACCAUGCAGAGUAGCAGCGCUGCCGGUUCCUUCUUAGACGAGGUGAUGAAAUGGCAGAAGCGUCUGCAGACUAUUGAAGCUGUUUUAACUACCUGGCUAGAUGUUCAAGAAAAAUGGGUGGAGCUUGAAGAGAUUUACUCUGGAGCUGAUAUAAAAACAUCUUUAUCUCACGACGCCAAUCGUUUUUCACAAGUCAAUCGCGACUUCCGUCUUUUGAUGAGGGCAACAGAGAAAAAUCCAAAUGUUUUACAGUGUUGUUCUAGAAAAAAUAUUUUAUCAGUACUAGAGAAUAUGAAUGCUUCAUUAGAAUCAUGUCGACGUUCGUUACUUAAUCAUUUAGAGCGAAGAAGACAAUUGUUUCCACGGUUUUAUUUCCUUUCAAUGGAAGAUGUUUUACAUAUAGUGUGUAAUGGUUAUGAUUUAAAUCAAGUGAAUAUAUAUAUAAACAAAUUGUUCUCUCACGUGGAUAAGCUUUUGUUCGAGGAAACGGAUGAAGAAAAUGAAAAGUUUAAUUUUAUAAUAAAUGGUGUUCAAUCCAAAAUGGGAGAGAAUCUUUUGUUACAACAGCCCAUAGCAUGUGAAGGACAGUUAGAAACCUGGAUGACAGCUCUUCUAAACAGUAUUAAAACAACACUACAACAUCAAACCUCAACAGCUCUUCUUCAGGAAAAACAGAAAAAUGUCCGUAAUAUUCAAAGUGCUGGUGCUAGGAAAGUUCCAGUGAAAGCUUCUCCUUCAAGCUCAUUAACCAAGGUUAAUAAAGAAGAGGGAGCACCAAGUCGUGGACCAAGUCAAGAGAGUGUACAUGCUAGAGGUGAAGCAUCAGAUAGUCGUCCUCCAUCAAGUGUACAGGAAGUUAUUCGAGGAACUCAGUUGGCAGAAAGAUCGUGGACUUUAGAUCACGUAAAAGAAAUUGUUUAUUUAACAACGAAGAUACAAUUGACGGAUUAUAUGAAUUCAGCUUUAAAAGAUUUAGAACAAGGUCAACGAGAAGCUUUACAGGAUGCCCUUGAGAAAAUAGAGAGAAGUAUAAUAGCUACAACUAUACUAUUAAAAGGCUUAGAAGGAGAACAAGAAAAUGAAAGUAGAAAACUGAGAGCAAAUACUGCAGCCAGGAAAGUGUUUAGAUGCUGA